AUGCGAACUGCGACAUUGCUUGCGGCCGCCGGCCAAAUUUCAAUGGCCAUGGCAGCAGGGCCUUUGGCUGGAAACGACCGAUUUGCGCGGCAGACAGUCGCGGCGGGGGACAACGGCUACGGCUACGAUGUGGAACCGCCGGCGCCGACACCCGAUCCCGCCCGGGGACUAUGGGGCCGAAUGCCGGACCUGGCCGGCCGUGCUGAGUCGCUUGGGCCUAAUACCUGUGGAAUUGUCACCAACGGACCAGACACACCUGGCGUCUUAUGCUGCACGCGAACCGCGAACGGCUGGGAACCCCGUUGCGCAACCUACUUAAAAGAUGCCGGCAGAUUGGACUUUAGAACACGAUUGACGUGUGCGCACUCCAGCUUGAGCGGGACCCUGACGAUGACGAUGAUCGCAGCCACCGAUGAGGCGGGCUUCUUCAGCAGCGGCGGUACAAUGGGGACGGGUCCCAUGCCGACAGACUCAUCACCGCGCGAGACAUCUUCUCCGUCAGGCGGUGGCUCUUCGUCGAAUACGGGCGCAAUUGUGGGUGGUGUUGUCGGCGGUGUCGCUGUGGUGGCCAUCGCAGCCUGCGUCAUUGUUUGGCUGGUCGUGCGAAAGAGGCGAGAAGCCAGGAGCAAGACUCCGCCACCUCCGGGGCAAGAGCCUUAUUUGAGCCCUGGUCAGAGCCAUGCUCCGUCUUCGAGCCCGCAGUACCAUUACGCGGGGACCGAAGAGCAGUACAAGUACCAGGCGGUGCCUCCCGUUUAUCCGCCUGCCCCGGUGAUCCAUGAGGCACCCGGGGACAUGCAACCUAAUAAUAGCAUCCCUCGAGCGGAACUGGAAGACAGACAGGUUGGGAGAUGA